CAGUAGCCUUUGCGGCCUUUGCUCUCCUACGUCUCAUAUUGGAAAUAAAAUACAAUUUACAUGAUUUGUUCAAGCUGUCGCUGUUUCUGGAAUUGCCCUCUUAACGCAGCACUGGUACGGAAAUUACGAAAUCCUGAACAUGUCCACCCUCAUUUCUUCUUCGUUCCUAGUUUCUAAUUUCUACUCACCUCUCUGACUCUGACGUUACACUCGGCGUUGUGUUACAUUGUUUAUUUGUUUCUUAUGUGUAUACGAGUGUAAAACAAUUUGCAAUUUAAUAUAUAAUUAGCAAUGCCAAAAGUACGCAGAAGUAAAAAACCUCCACCAGACGGCUGGGAGUUAAUCGAGCCAACGCUGGAGGAACUGGAACAGAAAAUGCGAGAAGCUGAAACGGAACCACACGAAGGCAAACGGAAACAGGAAUCCUUGUGGCCGAUAUUUAAAAUUCAUCAUCAAAAAUCCCGUUACAUAUAUGAUUUAUAUUAUAGGCGGAAAGCCAUAAGUCGUGAAUUGUACGAUUACUGUUUGAAUGAAAAUAUAGCUGACAAGAACCUGAUAGCAAAGUGGAAAAAAGUCGGAUAUGAAAAUCUAUGCUGUUUACGUUGUAUACAGACGAGGGACACCAAUUUCGGUACAAACUGCAUUUGUAGGGUACCUAAAGGCAAACUGGAAGAAGGUAGAAUAGUAGAAUGCAUCCAUUGUGGAUGUAGAGGCUGUUCCGGAUAACAUUUAUUUAGCAUUGGCGACAUAAUGCAUAUCCUAUUCUUCUAUUAUUGUACUGUUUUACUAAAAAUAAUUCUAUAUGAAAGUAUAUUAAAUGUCAAACACA